AUGCUUCGAUUUCAGCAAGUGCAGUCGGAGCAUGGUGACCGCCUCUCAAGACUAGAACGACGCCAUGAUGAUGACGCGCGGUUGAAAUCUGUAUGGGGCACCUCAUCACCGUUUCCAAGUGUCCUCGGAGGUACUCCGCAGCAGGUGCCUCUUCAGCAUCCACCCAAUGAACCGUUUUCGACCUUCGACGAUGACCAGAACAACCUGCUUGGGAGCCUACACCUUGACGCGAAUGACGAGCCGCGUCGUAUAGGUGCUACGUCACGCGCGAACAGCGUACGAUUUGAUGAAAGUGCCAAUCAAGGCUGGGCGCACGCUUCACGCUCAUCGAUUGAUCUGAUACCUAGAACCGGAAGCGGGCUUGGGGGACACGCUAUGAGUGAGCGGACGUACUCGCACAAGUCUGAUGGAAGACAGAGCUCCACAGGCCAUUCUGUCCACUCAGCUACCUCAGGUCGUGCAAACAGCCUUGGACUCGAUACGUCGUAUGGAAACCAGAACACAGUAUCGCCGCUUGAAACACCCGGUCUUGCCCCAGGGCUAUUUAUCCUUGGACCUGUCCCCGCCAUCAUCAGGUGUUGGCUGACGACGAACUUCAAGCACGACUCGCUGCUCUAUGCUGCAGUGUGUACGGGUUCUUACACCUCAUUUCUGGACUCGCGCCUCAUCCAUUCCUUGGGAUUUCAGGAUCAUGUCGAAGUCAAUGACGAAGGAGUCAGCAAGGUGAGACUUGCUGUAUAUCUGCCCGAAGCCAUUCAGUAUCCAGUCUCGAGUAGACUAGCCAGUCCGGCGCCCCAGAUCCCAUCAUUCACUGUCACGUUUACUCUCGUUAGCUCCCCCGAACCGGAGACAGACUCAAAGGCUAUACAGAUCUUUCUGGGUAGCGAUGUGCUACGGGCACACAACGCCGAUGUUCUCUUUUCAUCAAAUACUAUGACGAUGUUUGACGAUGAGAGGUCAAAGUUGUCUAUUCCGCUUGUUCGACCAGAAAAUGAACAAGCUUUCAACACUCUUGGCGUGAGCAGUGGAUUCACAGCAAGUGCCAGUAGCAAAAACACAACAAUAGGCCCUUCCGCCGACAGCUUGAGAAACCUGACUGAUCGAACGCCUGGCAAACAGUUGCUGGCGAUGGAGGCCGACAGAGAUCUUACAGGUGGCUCAUCAGAUGAGGGAUUAGCGACUACCCCCGAGAGCAGUCGCCACAGCCUCGAGCAGCGCCCCAUUCCAGGCUUGCUUAGCACAAAGACAGAAUCACUCAAAGAGACCAGUGACGGAAGUUUGCCCUCUACUACUGUUUCGCGUGCUUCCCCUGCUAUCUGGAGAGAUUGGAGGCGUGGAGAGGAGAAGCCCACGGCCACACCAUCAAUGGACUGGGCAGGUGCAAGCAAAGGCACGGCAAGCGCAAGCUAUCAACGCCGCGAGACCGGAAUCAAAGUUUUGAAACCAGUCAAGACGUCGUCUAGGAUAGCAUCUGGGCCAUCUAUACAAUCUGGAUCACCGUCGUUGGGCCAAUCUCGAUUCUUCGAUGAUGGCAAGCGCCGGACAAGCAUGACCUCCUCUGGUGAGGGCAGCGACAUUCAGUCCAAACGGCCGGCUGCCAGUGAGAUUCGUUCAACCAGUACGACGAUGCCUACGAAAGAGAAUACGUCAAGCGGCACCAAAGCUCGCACCACCAAUCCGAUUGGAGAUGGGGCACAAGCUGUUCUUUGUGACCAUGGAGUCUGCCCGGACGCAAUACAGACAAGUAUUUCCUUCCAGCCACCUACAUACAACCCUGAGGAAAUUCACCGUCACUACAGUCAUAUAUAUUUCCGUGCAUCAGCAAAAGGCAGAGAGCUUCAAAAUCCCCAACGCCGUUUGGUCCAACUGUCAUCUAUCUUUAUACGCGUGCCCACAGAGCCGAUCUGGAAUGCUCGCAGCCCCCGUCUGUACGCCUGGCUAGCGAGACCCUCCUGCGGCUCUCUCCACGCGUGUUUCCAUUCAUCUGCCUGCCUGUGGAGCUUCACAGCUCCUGGUAGGCGUUUACUAUUCACCACGGCUUCCUCUCAGAAGAAACGCAAGCUUGUCAGGCCUGCAGAGACCGGAAACAUACAAGGAGACAGCUCAUCGCCGUUGCUGCAGGAAGGCUCUGGUCUAGCUUCUCCACGAUCCUCCCCGACCCUCACUGCGAAUUCGAACCGCCGCACUUCUACCUCUCCGCCCCGAUAUCUACCACCGCAUCUGCACGACGAAGUUCGUGAGGCCUCCAAGAACGCAAGGACCUCUCCGGAUAGCGGCCACUCUGCGAGUUUGUCUCCCAGCGAGGCUUACGCCGGUCUGACACUGGAUACCGAAGAAUCAAGUAAAGACAAAACACGGUACCCAAUACGGGAGAUUGUGCCUAUAGUGUCAGACAACCCAAGGAAGGCUUCGUUAAGAGGAUACGAGCCUUCUCAGGAUCUUCAAGAGUCAGGCAGGACAUUACCUCGAGCCUCUUCCCCCGCCAAAAGACCGUUUUCUGCAAUGGAUCCAAGUGCUGGCCCUUCAGCAAGAGACGGAAUGGAUGUAGAUGAGGCAAAUAACCGUCAGCCGGAACCAGUCAGCGCUGCUGGCAGCCCUGACCCACCUGCAACGAGCACCGAACCCUAUAUCGAACAAGCCCGCGCUACUUCUGUCGAUAUGUUAGAUGGAUCGAAUCCUCAAACGGCCACAUCCUAUGACUCAACAUCAUCACCGGCUCCCCACUCGAGCACAUCAGCCACUAGCUUCAAUGGAGAUUCUCCGCCUAAAGUCUCUUCUGGAGAUAGCGAAAUGUCGGAUCAAAAGCCCCUCCCUUCUUUUGACGAACAGGUCGAAGAGAUCCGUGCCUUGGCAAUGCAGCCUGUGCAAGAGAAGGCUGUCGGCUUUGCAGUUGCGAGGGCAUGGCUAGAACGACCUAUGUCUCGAGCGUCUGCGCCCUCUAAAGAUGAGAACUAUUCGAAAGAAGCACGUGAGGGCGAUGUUGGACCAAUCGACAAUUCCAGUAUCACCUUAGCUGGAGAUUUUGAAGACCUCGUAGACGAGAUGGGCGAAAGAUAUGUACCGCUUAAACCCGAUGUCACCAUGUCCCAGGAAUACGAAAUUCUUCCCAAAGAAGCAUGGGAUAAGCUUGUUGAUUGGUACGGUAUUAAAGACAACUUGCCCCCAAUACGUCGUUAUGUCCAUGACACUACGCCCGAAGGCUCCCACCAGCAGAACCUGCAAUACGAGCUUUCACCACCAAUCUUCAUUAUCCGCAAAUUACGCAAUGAUCAAUAUGGCACUACAACUGCAGCGCUGAAAGAUAGUAAUGCAAAGGCGCCCAGACUCCUCGCUAGCCAUGAUGCCAAUUUCCAAAAGGUUCUUUCUCAGGCCAAGAAGCUUGCUGGCAUCGAGCUCAAGACUAAAGUUAAAGUCUGGCGUAUCAUUGAGAAUCUGCCGACGGCCGAAGAGUCCCACGGACGUUCGGGCAUGCUCACCCCGGCCACAUCCAGAAGUGGCUCCCCUGCUCCCCAAGCUCCCGCCCAACAAUCGCAUGACCUUAUAAUUGAUCUGUUGUCUUUCACGAACAUGACUGAAGGCUCACAGCGGGAAAUGCUAGACAUCAAGGAUGAGACUGCCAAUCCCAAGUAUAACGGCCAUUCAACUUUGAGCACAGUCGGGCUGGGAGCCAGUCAGGUUCUCGUACUUGAGGAGCAGAUUGGUGGUCCCGCUGGUGGCGAGUUUGUCUCUGAUAAUGUCAAAUCGACCGCAGCGAAACACGGCGUUUCCUUGACCGCCAAAAACAGUAAUGGAAGAAACGCUGCGAAGGCUUUGACUGCGAGUAGGAAUGCCAGUCCAGCUCCAUCAGGAACAAUGACGCGUGGACGCACACGGAGAGACGGCAAGACUCGUGGUACAGUUGGUCUGUCCAAUCUUGGAAACACAUGCUACAUGAAUUCUGCACUACAAUGCAUUCGUAGCAUCGAGGAACUGAGCCUAUAUUUUCUGCAAGGGCAAUAUAAACAAGAAAUCAACCCAGACAACCCGCUUGGACACGCUGGCCAGCUCGCGAAGAGCGGCUCAACCUUCACUCCACGAGACUUCAAGCAUACUCUCGGUCGCUUGUCCGGUACCUUUUCUGGAUACCAGCAGCAAGACUCUCAAGAGUUUCUCAGCUUUCUGGUCGAUGGUCUCCACGAGGAUCUGAAUCGCAUCAAGAAGAAACCGUACAUAGAAAACCCCGACUCAGACGACAAGACGCAUACGGAUGCGAGACUCAUCAGAGAGCUUGGUGAGAAGUUCCGAGAAGGUCACCAUGCUCGUAACGACUCCGUAGCCAUGGAUCUCUUCAGUGGGUUCUACAAGAAUACCAUGGUAUGCCCACACUGUGACAAAGUCAGCAUCACGUUCGAUCCAUAUUCUCUCCUCACUCUCCAACUCCCUAUAGAGCAAACAUGGCAACAUACAGUUGUCUUCGCACCUUUACACGAUAAGCCAAUAUACGUGGAAGUUGACAUGGAUAAGAACGCGUCCAUUCGCGGGCUCAAGGAGUACAUCGCAAAGCGCUUUCCGGGGGUGAACGCCAAACGCCUCAUGUGUGUCGAGACUUAUAGCAACAAAAUCUAUAAGACUUUCGAUGAUCGCGAGGCUGUCUCAGAUUGCGGCAUUCAAGACCGUGAUGAGAUUGUAAUCUAUGAACUAGACUCACAGCCGACUAAUUAUCCACCUCCGAAGAAGAAGGCAAAGAAGUUCUCAUAUGGAUCCCUCAUCGACAAAUCGGAGGAAGAGGAUACACCGAAAUCCGAGUCUCCGCUGGCUAAUCGUAUGCUGGUCCCAGUCUUUCACAGAGCGUCAAGCGCAAAAGGCUACAACAACAGAUCAUUUCAGCUUUGGCCAUUCUUCGUUGUCAUAACGCGCGAAGAAGCUGCUAACUACGACGAAAUCCACCGCAAAGUUCUUGCAAAAGUUGCAACCAUGACCACAAAUCCAAUAUUGAGUGACGAAAACUUGGGCUAUGGAUCAAACAAUAGCUCAGACGCUGUACUCACCACGGAAGAAGAUGCCUCGUCAACGACAGAUCCUACUGUUAAGGCAGACUCGGUGGAAGGCGAGGGAAGUAUCGUUGAUGUCACGAUGACAGAGUCGUCCGCCGAACAAGUGCGAAGUCAGGAUGAGGAUUCACACCUCCCGAGAGUCCUCACGCCAGGUGAAUUCAUACCUCCCGAACUUCAACGCCUCUUCACUCUUAGGUUCGCAAAAGCCAACGGAAAGGAAAUGAUACAGACCGGAUUUUCGUCUUUGCAAGGAGGCGACGAUUAUCCUGCUGUAUCAACACGCAUUCCCUCAUCACGAGAUAGUCGACGCUCGUCAAUACAGUCUCAGGGGACCGGAAGUGCGAGCUCAGCUUCUUCUAUAUCCGAAGAAACAGAGACGCAGCAAAGCACACCUCCACAACUUUCAUUCAACAGCAGGAGUGCCGAUAGUGACUCCGAUCUACCUUCCGUCGAUUCUUUUACGCGAGUUGGGAAACCACACAAGUUCAGUAAUGGCAAUAGAGGCAAGCGGCGCGGGAAACGCGGCGCCAAAACUUAUAGCAAGAAAGACGGUACCAAGAAGGAAGGAGGUCGCUGGGCUCAUAGGCCACUUCUGCGCCAGGGAUCAGAGAUAUCAGAUCUACCAUCGGACCCGGAAAGUCCACCUCGUUUGAUUCGCCUCGGCGAAGCUCUCAUUCUAGACUGGGACUCCGAAGCAUACGAGGCUCUAUUUGGUGCUACUAACGAUGCAGAUGAUAUGCGUGGCAGGAGCACUUGGGAAGAGAAGCUCGCUUUUGACGAUCCUGAUCUCACACACAAAAGAGCAACAAGAUCAAAGCGAAAGAAGCACGGCGUGACUCUUGACGAGUGCUUUCAGGAAACAGCCAAAUCGGAGAUCCUCUCUGAAGAAAACGCCUGGUACUGUAACAGAUGCAAGGAACUACGACGGGCGGAGAAGACUUUGGCUAUUUGGACGACUCCAGACAUUUUAGUCCUUCACCUCAAACGUUUCAGCUCUAAUCGAGCGUUCCGUGACAAGAUUGACGUGCUAGUGGACUUUCCGAUCGAAGGUCUCGACAUUUCGAAAUGGGUCGGCCUUCCGGAAGACAAGAACUGCGUUUAUGAUCUCUUUGCAGUUGACAACCACUACGGUGGUCUCGGCGGUGGUCAUUAUACGGCAUACGCACAGAACUUCUACGAUAAGAGGUGGUACGAGUACAAUGAUUCCUCUGUCAGUUCACGCCAGCCUGAAUCUUGCAUCAGCACCGCCGCCUACCUUCUGUUCUACCGUCGGCGCUCCGACAAACCACUAGGGCCACCCUACCUUCAGAAUCUCGUUCAAGAAGCAUGGAACCCGAUCCAAGCGGCCGAAGAAUCUAAUGCAACCGACAAUGGGUCCGAAAACUCUACCUCUGCUGCUGAUACGAGCUCGGGAAACGGACUGCGCGCUCGCGACUCGUCCCGCAGUGGGGCCAAUGGGUUGUCGAGCGCAUUAGUCGUAGCCGGAGCAGCUCACGAUUCCGCCCCCGGAGCGACGACGAGUCAUAGCGAUGAUGAGCUGCUGCCGACGUACGGAGAGGAAGGAUUCGAGGACUCCAUCCGUGUUAGACAAUCCGCGGCUUACGAACGACUCGAGUAUACACAGCCUAGCGGCUGGAGCUUCGACUCACUUGGACACAAGAGUGACGACGCGGCAAAGGAUGAUGAUGAUGACAACAGCAUGCUGUUGACCGGUCCAAGAAGUGAUAAUGGCGCAGACGACUUGCAGUCGCGGAUGUUGGAAGACUUUGACGACGAUAACGUAAAUCUGUUGAACAGCGGAGCGGGUGGCCAAGUCACGCCUGACAUGAGUGCUGAUGAACGCUCACCUACACUGGUUGGUGCGUCACCGAGCCACGACGAAGACGUCGUCGAGAGCAUGGAGUUUGACGGUGCUGCCAAUGCCGCUGAUGAUGACGACAACGAAGAAGUGGUAGAAGUCCACGUUGACAACGGCGAUGUGAAUAUUGAUUGA